AUGGAACGCGUCCCGUUGCUCGUAGGGGGCAAGGUCUACUUCGUGUUCGACGGAGACUCCACGGUCAAGGGCGCGGACCCGUUCCUGAAGAAGGCGUGCGGUUCCGACGGCGAAGACACCAAGGACAAGCCAGACCUCGGCCAGCCGAUGACGCAGGCGGACUGGAACUCGCCGGAUCGCGAUAGAACAGAUCGCCGCAGCAGACGGGAGAUCAACAGCCUUCCCUUGCUGAAGAAGGAGGUGUUCCAUCAGUUCUCGCUGCACACAGGCCGAACGAAUACUGCUCAGUUCCAAGGGUACGGCGAUGCCGAUGUGCAGUGCUGCAAGUUCGCAAAGGAAGAGGCCGACGCCGGGCGGGUCAAGCUGUGGACCGUAUCGCGGGAUUCGGAUUUUUUGUGGUUCGAGACGCCCCACGUCCAAGUCGAUGAAGGCCUGACGAGAUGUGUUCUGCACAGCGAGAAGCCCGAUUUCGGGCGCCUCCAGGCAGCGUCGUGCAUAUUCGGCAACGACUACUACUUCGUCCCCUAUCAGGGGACAAGGAAGAGAAAUCAUCUCGGGUUCAAGCUUGGUGGGGGGCCGAAGGAGGGCGUGCCGGCGCUGAAGGAGUUCCUCCUGCGCGUCAGGCCCGAAGCGGCAGCCACGAGCGACUUCGCCGGCUCGAUGGAGCUCUGGCUGAAGAUUGUGUCGGACUCCGCGGAAAACACGGCCGGUGCUCGCUGUUUCUGCGGGCGCACGUUGGAGAACUGCAGUCAUUGCAUGACGGCGAUUCUAAAAGCAAGAAGUCUGGUUCAGCACCGCAACGAGGGUCGUUGCUCGAUUGCCAACCCCUUCGACCUCGAUCAAAGUGCCUCCCGGCAGCCGGAACAGAUCGUUCGCGACGUUCUCGACGCGUGGAACAACGAAGGCUUGCUAGCGGUGUUCGAUGCCGGGGCGGCCGGGACAGCGCUUCCGGAGGCUGCAUCGGCGAGCGCGAAGACACGCUUUGCCGAAGCAUUUGUGCGGUGCAAGUUCAGCAACCGUUGCCUGCAGCCCCUGCGAGGCUACACGUGGCUUCCCACCGUCGUCGACAUCUCUCGAGGGCCUGGGCUCGUAGACGAGCAGGAGAAGGAGGACGCUGAAUUGCUUUUGCACGACAUGUUCGGCAGCUGCCAUGCCGCAGUGCUCCGUGACGGAGCCGUGCCAUGGUCGGGUAUCAGCAUGAACCGCGAGACGCAUACGGUGGCGCGGGCGGCGGCCACCGAGAUUUACGCGGAGGAUCUGAACGGCGUGCUCUACCUGGCGUGCUGGCCGAUCCGUCGCAGGCUGUUCGAGGCGCUCUCGUCAGGCUCUGGGCGCGACACGUAUGAGCAUGCCGACGAAUAUGGCGGGUGCUUCCUCGUGUACCGCCACUCAAUGUCGGCCUCGGUCCUCGAGAAGCGCGUGGAGGAAAUCAAGAACGCGAAGGCAGCAGCGCUCGUCGCCGCGGCGUGGCAUGAGCCGUCGGAGGAGGACACCAGGCCGACGCAGACCGAGAGCGCAGGGCCAUCGCCGAUGCCGUCGACGCCGUCGACCGCCUCCCACGACAGGACGGGAGGGCCUGCGAAGACGUCGCAGCCCCAGUCCCGUGCGACCUCCGUUGCGGAGGAUCCAGGAGCGACGCGGACGUGGACCGCUGAGCGGCUGAAGUUCCUCGGCGCCAUCAUGCUGAACGGCGACAGCACGUACCAGAGCUGGCUCGAGCUGGUCGAGGAGGCAGAGCGCGUGAACAAGUGCAGCAACGCCGUGAUGCUCAAGCUGCUGCUCGCCGCCGCUGCGAAGGACGUCGCGGCCUCGUCUGUCUUUGGCGACACCUCGGACGCCAUCCAGACGGCGACGGCGGCCUACGUGGACGGCCUGUUCCAAGAUAUCGAGAACGUAUCGGACGAGCUCAGAUACACGCUCGCGCGGCUGCUUCCGAAGACGUGGCACCACGGGAUCCCUGCGCGCGGCUCCGACGUGGUCGAGUUCCGUGCCGCCGCGAUUGUCCACCUCACAGUGUACCACAUGCUUCUGUGCGGGCCCUUGUGUGGGGUGCUGCCGCUGGUCGAGUUCGCGCCAGUGCUUCCGGUGGCGGCCUAUCCGCGUGCGUCGCCCGGCCUCAAGGCGCCCACGUGGGAGGCGGGGGCCGGAGGGGGCGGGACCGUGGCCAAGUUGGCCCCGAGGUUCGAUGAGCUCAAGUUCUCCGACCCUUGA